AUGAUAAAGGAAAAUCAUGAUAUAGGGAAGACCAUUGACAAGGAAAAAGGGUAUCAGAGUGAAAUGACAGAUCCCACACCCGACGUAUCAACAACUAAUCCAGCUACUCCAAUCGUCUCUGAGCCUGAAAAUGUGGCUUCGAAAGAGCCCAGUAAGGGCGGUGAUAGUCCCCAGGUAGUGGAAAAAGACUCGACAACUACGACAAUUCUCGAGAAGACUGAACCUAAAGAGCCCAGCUUUCCUCCUGAAAAUGCUGAAAAGCUUAAGACUGCUGAAAGCCCGCAAUUGAAGGCGGAAGUUACGGUGGAUAAUGAUGAACGCAGCAGUAAGAGUAGGGAAACAUCCGAAAGGCUUCAAUCUGAUAGCGACGAAGACGCGGGCGACGACGCAGAUUCCAUUAUUGACAUUGUCUCAGAAAGUGAGGUCAACGAAGCAGCCAAGCAGCUAUUGAAUGCGAAAGCUCCGCAAAUCAAAGUGAAUUACAAGGGCGACACGUUUUUGUUGCUUGGAGAGUACGAUGGGGACAACGGCCAAGAAUGGGACAAGAAAAUGCUUAUUUGUGAAGAUACAGCAGAUUUACACCGCGGCUGUAAUGUGAUUUUUGGGCGCAUACGGGUAUUUCUUCAAAACUUGCGUGGCGGCCUGGACUUGCUUUCCCGAGAACUUCAAAUGGAGUUUCCUGAUCUUGAUCUGAGAAUGGAGGAAGAUAACAUGUACAACAAGGACAUUACAAUCAAUGACAUUGUGUCAAUCUUUAAAAUAUUGAAAGAUAAUUCGAUAAAGAAAUGUGAACCAAAUGUACCCACUUUUUUGACUAUCAAUGUCAGCACAAAAGGACGAUUUGUAUCGCGCUACAAUUCGUUGGUCGAACUAUUAAGCGACAACGCGACUUUCUCCACCAUCAGGGUCUUCAGCAACGACCAAAGCCAUCCGGUAGUGCUGGACGAUACCGAACAGCCCGAUUCUAAUAACAAGGAAGUUAUAAUCAUGUCUUCCGAUGAUGAGAAGGGGGAUCUAAAGCAGAAUACGAAGAGCAUCGAAGAAAAUGCUGCUCCUGUUGAGAAUAUUGAGAAAUCGGAUGCGAUAUUGGAGGAGCAACCUUCCGAUACUCUGAAGCGGAAAAGAGAAUCCAUUUCUGAUGGUUCAGAACCUUCCAAAAAGGACUCCCCGGACAAAGAGGUUUUUGAAAAUGAGGUUCGUGAGAAGGAGUUCCCCAAUGAUGAACUGUUGACGGAUAGCAAGGCUUAA